AUGGUAAACCCAAUCCCAAAGCCAAUCAAAGACAUCUGGGACACAUGGAGUAUCAGAAGUACCUUAAUCUUCAGUCUCAGUCUUCAAACAUUUCUCAUUUUCGUUGCACCUCAAAGGAAACGCACAUCAAGAAAAGUUUUACUCUCUCUCAUCUGGUCAGCUUAUCUUCUAGCCGAUUGGGCAGCCAAUUUCGCCGCCGGACAAAUCUCGGAUAGCCAAGGAGACGAUCCAGAGCCCGGAGAGCCUAAAAAGAACAGCGAGCUUUUAGCCUUUUGGGUUCCUUUCUUGCUUUUGCAUCUCGGUGGUCCAGAUACAAUCACUGCCCUAGCUCUUGAAGAUAACGAGCUAUGGCUCAGGCACUUGUUGGGUCUUGCCUUUCAAGCGAUUGCAACCGUCUAUGUGCUUCUGCAGUCUGUACCCAACGCUCUCUUGCAACCCAUUUUGCUUGUGUUUGCGACAGGUGUGAUCAAGUAUGUCGAGAGGACAUUAGCCUUGUACCUGGCGAGUCUUGACAAGUUUAAGGACUCCAUGAUUCAGCGGCCUGAUCCUGGACCAAACUACUCGAAGCUUAUGGAGGAAUACGAGGCUAAGAAGCUUAUGAAGAUGCCUACACAGAUUAUCAAGAUGGACGAGCCUGAGAAAGACCCAAAAGCCAGUGCUAAGGUCAGGCCUGACGUUCUGUCUGAACUCAAUAUUCUCCAGUACGCUUACAAGUACUUCAACAUCUUCAAAGGUCUUGUGGUUGAUCUCAUCUUUACCUUUCAACAACGAGCUGAGAGCAAGAGGUUCUUUAGCUCACUUACAGCAGAGGAAGCUCUGAGAAUCUUAGAGGUUGAGCUCAACUUCAUCUACGAAGCUCUUUACACGAAAGCUGAGAUUCUGCAUAAUUGGAUUGGAGUCAUCUUCAGGUUCAUUGCCCUUGGAUGCCUCAUAGCAGCACUACGCAUCUUCCAGUACAAGAAGAAGAACGACUACGGUGGAUUUGAUGUUGGACUCACUUAUGCAUUGCUGAUAGGAGGAAUAGCUCUGGAUUCCAUUGCUCUUAUCAUGUUUUGUCUAUCUGACUGGACUUUUGUAAGAUUGAAGAAAAUGAAGGACGAGGUGGACGACGAGGACACCUGGUUAGACUUUACUCUAAACUGGAUUCUCGGGUUCAGGGGAUUGAAGACAGAGAAGUACAAAUGCUUCAAGAGUAACGAGCAUAAACAAGACAAGGAAGAGAACUGGUUCGUCAAGAUUUAUAACCGGGUGCUCAGAUACAUGGGGUUGAAGAAGAACAAUGAAGACACAAGCCCCAAGAGUACCAAGGCAAAAACGUCUCAUGAAGGGGACAAUGGAUGGUUUGACAAGAUCCUCAGUUCCGUGGGGUUGGAGAGGAAGGAACACACAAGCUGCAAGAGUAAUGAGGAGGGUACGGCUCAUAAAGGGGAAGAGAUGAAGGAACACACAAGCGGAAAGAGUACCGAGGAGGCUACGUCUCGUGAAGGGGAGGAGAGGAAGGAACACACAAGCAGCAAGAGUCCAGAGGAUAGUAAGUCUAGUGAAGGGGACAAUGCAGUUAGCUGGUUCGACAAGAUCCUCAGUUCCAUGGGGUUGCAGAAGAAGGUAAAAAACUGCGGCGAGACGGACAAAACGUGUCAUAAAGUGCUCGACACUUUCUUUAUGGUACGCAGGUGGUCUGAGUACGUUCACGCACACAACUUGAUCGAAUACUGUCUAUGGAUAAGGCCUCAGAGAAUCCACCAUACCAAAGGUUUCAUACACAUGUCCUUUGACUGGCUUAUCAAGUACCUUCUCAUUGGUCCCAUCUUUAAAGGUUUAGGGAGCUUAAUCGCAUUCUGUUUCAACGCCAUAAAGCAGGGAAGUGAUCAGUUUUACAAGUGGAUUGACCACAACAUCAGUCUCUUGUGCAAGAACAAAAGAUGGAUAAACGAAGAUCGCAUUAGGUGGUGUAUCUACUGGUCAUUUUGCAUUCCUCACUUUCUUGGAUAUUUAAUAAAGAAGUUCAUGGACUUCUUUGGGAUCCAAGCUCAGCUGGACGAGGUGAUCUUCACGUCCAGUGAUCGUCUCACCGUGGAGCUCUGGAAACACAUAUUCGGAGAGGUUCUGAAUAAGUCCCGCUUCGCUGACGACUCAGAGAGCGCCAUGAGGGUAUCUUCAGCUAGAGGUGACUGGACUCUGCGUGACAUACAAGGCGAAGACCCCAAGACGGAGAAGAAGCGAGAGAAGCUUCUACGCUACGUGAUGGAGAUGGAUUACGAUCAGAGCCUUCUUGUGUGGCACAUAGCCACAGAGCUCUUGUACCAAACGGAACAUGGCACUGAAGAUAGCCACAGUGACCGUGAGUUCAGUAAAAUCCUCUCAGACUACAUGAUGUACCUCAUGAUGAUGCAACCCACUCUGAUGUCAGCUGUUGUUGGUAUCGGUAAAAUAAGAUUCAGGGACACCUGCGAGGAGGCAAAGAGGUUCUUCGUUAGGAGGCAUAUCGCAUACAGAGACAUAACCAAGGCAAGCGAUGCAAUCUUGUCUGUUACAGCUCCAGCGAAAGCUGAACCAAUCGACGUGAAAGGUGAUAGAAGCAAGUCAGUGCUGUUUGAUGGGAGCAUGCUGGCGAAAGAGCUCAAGGGUUUAAUGGAGCUUCAAGGGAUAAAGGAAGAGGAGGUUAAAGGCUUGAAGGGAGAAGCAUACAUGUGGGACGUAGUGAGCAAAGUGUGGGUUGAGUUGCUUUCUUACGCAGCUACUAACUGUGGCGCUAUAGAACACGCGGCUCAGCUUAGCAAAGGUGGAGAACUCAUCAGCUUUGUUUGGCUGUUGAUGGCUCAUUUUGGACUUGGAGACCAAUUCCAGAUCAACCAAGGAGAUGCCAGAGCCAAACUGAUUAUAGGCAAGUGA